CAGGUGAUCUGCACCGAUGCCCAGUGCUGCAGGCAUGGCUGUCUCUGUGAUGCGGCUGACAAUUGUCCUGGGACUACUCGCCCUCAUCCUGACUUGCCAGGCCGAUGACAAACCAGAUGACAAGCCAGAUGGCUCGGACAAAAACCCAGAGCCAGAAUUCCCCAAAUUCCUAAACAUCUUGGGCACAGAGAUCAUUGAGAAUGCAGUGGAGUUCAUCCUCCGCUCCAUGACCAGGAGCACCUCUUGGAUGAAUGAGUGUAAGAGCCCAGCAGUUGGUUUACCUGCGGCUGUCCUUAUCUUCAAGUUUAUUCUCUUAAGAAGGGUUCUGAAGAGAAGUGGUAAAGUUCAGUGCAGUUUUCGACUGAGCUCUGAAUACCGAACUUUCACCAUGAAGGUAACAAGCAUCUUUCUUCUUAGUGCUUUGGCCCUGUUGAGUUUAUCUGGCAACACCAGAGCUGGCUUGGAGGGAAGAGAGGCUAAAUGUAACACUGAAACAAAUGCAUGUACCAAGAUCUAUGAUCCUGUCUGUGGGACUGAUGGAGAAACGUAUUCUAAUGAAUGUGUGUUAUGUGUUCAAAAUAAGAAGCGUCAGACCCCUGUCUUCAUUAAAAAAUCUGGACCUUGCUGAAAACCAAGGUUCUAAAAUCACCUGUGGUCACCACAAUGCCUAGCAGGCCUGACUGUUGAAUAAAAUGCAUCUAAAUA